GCUUUCACGUUGGUGGUGCGAGUGCGGUCACGAGCGAGACACUCGGUUCUUACGACGAUCCUACGUGCGUGCGUAUCUCGAUCUAGCGUUAUCCCACGCACACGGUCAACACGUACGUGUUGCUGCUGUGUCGUCGCCGCGACUGAAUUCGGCUAUCGACACAUCGUGACUGUGCGCAUCCCGCAACGCAGCCACGCGCUUCCAUGAGCCAACCGUCGUAAUGAGAACUGCUGAUUGUCACCGUCGCCGUCGCCGCCACCGUCACCGAGUGUUUAUCUCCGCCGACAUUCAGCCUCGCCUCGCGCCAUCCGUGAACAGCCUCUUCUCCCGCGUACCGUCGUCUUCGUCAUCGAGGUGGUGGUGCCCGUGAGGACGAUGCUCCGCGUCGCGGAGAAGCGUCGUUAGUGCCGUGUUGCGUCUGUCUCCGUCGCUCAGCUCACGCGCGCGUCUCACAACGGUUGGCUGAUGGAUUCCGCGUGAGAGGACGGACGAAUAAGAAGGAGAGAGGGAUAGAAAGAAAGAAGGAACGAGAGAGAAGAAGAAUCGAGUGAGAACCAUCGGGACGUGCUCUUCGUCUAUCGCGUGGGACACCUCUUCGUCGAGAAGAGACGGGACAUCUUAAUCUCGGGGCAUCAGAUAGUCGCCGAUAAGAUUGUACGUUAGAUCCGGACUAACGGCCACAAGAACCAAAGCUAAUUGCUUCCCCAUUGCAGAGCAGACAUGGACAGUUCCGAGGAGCCGACCAGUUUGCAGUCCAUAUGCCACUUGCACGCCUCGGAGCUGUUCCCCAAGCACGCGCAUCUUGAGUGCGAGGACGAGACGUUGACGGUGCCGUUCACGCCGUUGAGCGGUGAAUCGGUCGUCGCACUGGGACGCACGUCGGACGGGGUGCUGGCGCUUUCGAAUUACAGACUCUACUUGCAAUUAAGCCAGACGUGUUACAAUAUACCCUUGGGCCUCAUCGAACAACUGGAGGUCAAGGAAAUUUUCUUCUUGCAUAUCGGAUGCAAAGACGCGCGUUCUUUAAGCUGUGCAUUUUCCACUAACGAACAUUGUUUGGAGUGGUACAAACGAUUACACAAAGUGACCUAUCCGCGGAAGAAUGUAGAGGAUAUAUUUGCGUUCGCCUAUUAUGCAUGGUCCGUAGAAGAGGGGAAGGAUUAUCCUAGGCUCGGAAAAGAUAAUAGUUCUUAUAUUACCACAUUUAAUUCAGAGGUUGAACGAUUGAAGUUCAAUUUACACGGUACUUGGCGCAUAAGUCAAAUAAAUAAGGAUUACCGGAUGUGCCCAUCCUAUCCGCCACAGCUUUUAGUUCCUGCGUGCAUUUCCGACGAGACUCUCGAAACUGUUGCCAAAUUUAGAAGUUCCAGGCGAAUUCCAGCCGUUGUGUGGAGGCAUGUGAAUAAUGGCGCGGUGAUAGCUCGCAGUAGCCAACCGGAGGUUGGUUGGCUCGGCUGGAGAAGUUCCGAGGAUGAGGAUCUUCUGAGAGCCCUCGCGGAUGCGUGCUCCUACGAUCAAGGCGAAUGCACAAUAAUAGAUUCACCAAUCACAUACUCCGACGCCGGUGACGACACGAUUACACCAAGUCCGCCUAAGGUAGGACCGCCUAAGGUAGGACCACCUAAGAAAGUCUUAAUCGUUGAUGCCAGGUCGUACACGACAGCCGUAGCGAAUCGUGCACGUGGCGGCGGUUGCGAGUGCCCCGAGUAUUAUCCGAGUUGCGACAUACAGUUUAUGAAUCUGCCGAACAUCCAUUCGAUACGGAAGAGCUUUCACGCGCUGAGACAGCUUUGUGCAUCAGACGCGGAUCAGCCCAAUUGGCUGAGUUUGCUGGAAGGGACGCGAUGGUUGCAACAUAUGUCCGGCUUGUUGCGGGCAGCAGUUACCGUGGCGUCUGCGAUCGAGAGAGACGGUCGGCCGGUACUGGUGCAUUGCAGCGACGGCUGGGACAGGACACCGCAGAUCGUGGCGUUGGCGCAGAUACUGCUCGACCCGUAUUACCGCACUAUGGAGGGAUUCCAAGUUCUGUGCGAGAGAGAGUGGCUAGACUUCGGACACAAGUUCGCAGAUCGAUGCGGCCAAACCAUCGGCUGCGAUGACCCCAACGAACGUUGCCCGGUAUUCCUUCAGUGGCUCGACUGCGUCCAUCAAUUGAUUCUGCAGUUCCAGUGUAGCUUUCAAAUGUCCGCCGCGUACCUCGUGAAGCUGGCGCAGCACACGUACUCGCAACUGUUCGGCACAUUCCUGUGCAACACUAGGCAGGAGAGGCGGCAACUGAGAAUACGCGAGCGCACGUUCUCCGUGUGGCGUUUCCUCAACUCCACCGCAUUCGUGAAUCACUUGUAUUCGCCGCUGAAGAACCAAGUAUUGUGGCCGAGCUGUAACGUGCGCGACCUCGUCCUGUGGUCCGAGGUGUAUUUAGGCUCAAUGGAAUCCUCGCUCGGCGUCAAAGACGAUAAACAGAGAGUGACGAUGAUAGACAUCGAAGGUGGCGACAGCGAAGAGCCGCAAGGGCAAAUGACGAAGACGAGGUCAUACGGCGACCUCAUGCACGCGCCUGAUCAUGCGGUUUACUUGCACCGAAGGCUUAGCGAUCCAAGUAUUUCUGUAGAGAAAAAAUUCGAUUCUCUGACGCUUGAGACUGAAAUGGAUUCCAAGGACGCGAAGAGCGUGGACGAUAAUCAGAAUCGAGCCGCGAGCGACAACCUAUCGGAGACUGAUAUUAAACUAAAAAAAUGCAUUGCGAAUCAAACAUCCAGCGAUUCGCCGGCCAACCCGUCGGUAGACAGUUCCACCGACACUCUGAUACCCAACAACGACUCGAUCGUGCCCGCAAUAAAUAACGAGAAGGAAGUGACACAGGCGAAUUUGUCGCGGGACAUCGUGUCGCCGUGGAUCGAGACCGGCACUACAGGACGCGCCGCCGCCUGCUCGUCGUGCAGCCGCAAUCAUAACGAGGGUAGUGACGUGAGUGAUACUAGCGCCCCAUUGAUAUCAAGAACUCCCAGUAGCAUAUGCCCAGCUUCUCCUACCCAUCAGGACGUUAUACUAGAUAAUCCUGACUGGCUGGACGACGUUGAUGGUCUUCCCGUCAUAUGUUGCGACGUCCAAAUGCGAAUACAGCAAAUUAUCGUAGAGCAUAAGCUUAAGGAGGAGGCCUUGAGGAAGGAGUUGCACACGACAAGGCUGGCGCUACUGAAACAAGUAUGCAAUCACAAUCACAAUAUAGAUACCGAUCGCAUCGACGACAUCGGCUCGUUACCGGACUCGGUGGGAAGCGUCGGCGAGCACGGCGAGUCUUUACCGUCGGACAUGUCGUGGGAAGCCGUGGACGAGCUGGCCCCGGCGCCUACUCUUUGGGUACCCGAUCACGCAGUGACACAGUGCAUGGGAUGCAACACGAAAUUCUGGCUCGGUAGACGUAAGCAUCACUGCAGAUGCUGCGGCAAGAUCUUCUGUGCCGACUGUUCCGAGAACUUCAUCCCGCUGCCUAGUGAGCAGCUUUACAAUCCAGUGAGGGUAUGCAGCGACUGUUUCUCGCGGCUGCAGCCGCCUCACAGCGUGAGCUCCUGCCAAUGCAACGCCCGUCAACAGCAUCAGGGUAAGACGGAGAACGAGAACGAGAUGAUGACGCCUCCGAUGACAGCGAUCAACGGCGGCACGGAGAUCACGAUGACGGCGACGACGACGACGUCGAUGACGACGAUGACGACGAUGACGACAAGUACGAUCCUACAUCCUCCUCCCCCGCCGCUGCAGGCGUGUCUGAGAAUGAAGAACUUGCCCACGACGAAAGACACCUGCUGCGACAAUUUGCUGCAGGCAGCGCACCAGAAGGCGCAACCGUCCGUGGUCGCGGCGGCAACGGCGAACUGAGAGAGAGACUUGCUCUUCGCGACGAAGAUAUGAGCGAGAAAGGAAGAAAAAGUCGAAGAGGGAAAGAGGCCCGUUGUUAGGGAUGUAGAGUCCCCGCUGUUCGCCGGCCGAUCGCCGUGAAAGCGUGUCGUCGUCGUCCAGUUAUGCGCAACUGCGCGCUCUCUCUCUCGCCACCGUCGGAUUUCUACCACGGAUUCGUAUUGCCGUCGGUUCAUGCGCGACGCGCGGACUAACUACCGCGACUAGAUUCUCCUAAACGAUCUAAUAUUUAUUGCUAGAAUAACAAUUUGCGUACGCGAGAGAGGAAAUGUAUAGUGGGUACGGGAAGAGAGGGGAGGAGGCUCCGGUCCGUCGAGAUUGUGGAGGAAAUAGGGACGGAGAAAGAAGGAGGGGGAGAGAAAAGAGCGCAAGAUAGGGUCAGUAUACGAGGUUGUAAAUAUCUUAGGAAUAUUUCGAGCUAAGAUUUCCGGCUUUUUCUGAGAAAGGGGAGGGAGAGAUCCUCCGAGCUGUUACCUGACUCCAGGUAUCUCCGCGUUGAGGAUGCUGAAAGUGGCAAGUUUGUGGACAGGCUGUGAUUGACGUCUACUUUAAAAAAAUAAAUUAAAAAAAGAGAAAAUAAAUGAAGGAAAAAAAUAAAAAAGUGCGACUAUAUAUGGAGCGAAAGAUGCUAAUUAAUUGUCAAUUGAUUGUGAGGAGAAAGCGUUUGUUAAUUAGCGACCGGGUCGAGCGAAAGGUAGAGAGAGAGAGAGAGAGAGAGAGAGAGAGAGAGAGAGAGAGANGAAACCGAUGAAACCGUAUUUCUUAUAUUGCCGCCGAGCUGUACAAGAAUUGGGAUAAUUAAAUAUCAUUAUCGCAUUGCACA